AACAUCAUGGGACUAAAUUGGCUAACAUCGGUACUGGGGCUGCUAUUAAUAGUGAAUUUCGUGACUGCCAUUCAAUGGGACUUCGAGUUUGGUAACAAAAACGAGCUGUACGCGCGUGAGCUUACCGAAAAGGAGGGCGAAAUUGGACCAUUCGCGUAUCGCAAUUUUUACAAGUUAGACGUGCCGAGCUUAUCUCAGGUCACAUAUGUCAGAGUGACAGUGUGGUCUCUCAACCCGCCGAAAGUGGAUUACGAUUGGAAGACUAACACUGUGUCCAUCGUUUAUUCUUUCGUACAAGUUCCGAUCAGCACAUUCAAAAUUCACGCCGAUGGUUAUCCCUACAUUUUAAAAGAAAUAAAGGGCUAA